AAAACUUGCACGGCGAAAGAAAGACAACGAACAAAACACACAAUGGCGACGGCGGCGACAACGGCAGGCGGAACGGGAUCGGGCGGACCGGCCACCGGCCCGGUAAGCAGCGGCACCGCAGUGGGACGGAAAAAAGACGGUGGUCCGUCCACGAAGUUCUGGGAAAGUUCAGAAACGAUAUCUCAGCUGGAGACGGUGCGGCAGUGGAUCGGAAAGCACUACAAGAAGUACGUCCAGAACGACUCCCCCUCCAGUAAGUCCCUGGCGGGUCUGGUGGUCCAGCUGCUGCAGUUCCAGGAGGACGCGUUUGGACGUAGAGUCAAUAAUCCAGCUCUGACCAAACUUCCUGCAAAGUGUUUCCUGGACUUUAAAGCGGGUGGAGCUCUUUGUCACAUCCUGGGGUCAGUCUAUAAGUUUAAGAGCGAGCAGGGCUGGCGAAGAUUUGACCUGCAGAAUCCAUCCCGCAUGGACAGGAACGUGGAAAUGUUCUUGAACGUGGAGAAGAACUUGGUCCAGAACAACUGUCUGACUCGACCCACGGUGUUUCUGUCGCCGGACAUGGAGCAGAAACAAUCCAGUAAGCUCAAAGACAUCAUCAAGAGGCACCAGGGCUCCAUCACUGAUGACAAGUCCAAAGCCACCCACCACAUUUAUCCGUCUCCACCCCAACAGGAAGAAGAUGAGUGGCUUCGUCCAGUCAUGAGGAAAGACAAACAGGUGUUGGUGCACUGGGGUUUGUCUCCAGACAGCUAUGAUACCUGGGUGUCAGCCAGUGAGGUGGACGGUGAUGUGGAGGAGCCACCAAGCACUGACAGACCAUGGAAGGUUCACGCCAGGUGGGUUUUAGACACUGACGCUUUCAAUGAGUGGAUGAAUGAAGAAGACUACGAGGUGGACGAGAACAAGAAGCCCGUCAGCGUCCGCCAGAGGAUUUUUCCCAAAGAAGAGGAGGGUUUCUGUCCAAUUUUGGAAAUUGCAACGACUACAACUACCACGUCUACGUCUUACUGCAACUACUACAAUUACUGCAACUACUAUGACUACGACAACUGCAACUACUACGACUACUGCAGCUACUACGUCUACGACUAUUGCUGCUACUACGUCUACGACUACUGCAACUACUACAUCUACGACUACUACGUCACUACUAACUCAACUAUUAUGUUCUGUACAGCUGAAUGUCUGAGACACGUCCACUUCCUAUGUCGUCUCACUGACUGUGACUCUGUGUUUGGUGUCAGGAACCCGGGGCCUCACUGGAAGCGUCGGGGCCACAGAGGCGAAGAGGAGGACACGGAGGAGGACAUGACCAAGGACAUGGACGACUCUUCAGCUGGUGCCAGCAUUGAGGAGGGCAGCAUGUCUAAGAAUGCAACUUCAAAGAAAGACAGUGAGAACACUCCAGUGAAGGGAGGGAAUGUGGCCGACCUGGAUGACAUGGAGGAUGACUCUGUGGUGUCCGGUGGAAAGGACGAGGAGGAACAGGGCAAAGCUGAAAUCAACCGACUGAUGGACGCUGGCGAGGACAAUGUGACUGAGCAGACUCACCACAUCAUAAUCCCCAGCUACAGCGCCUGGUUUGACUACAACUGCAUCCAUGAGAUUGAGAGAAGAGCUCUGCCAGAGUUUUUCAAUGGAAAGAACAAAUCCAAGACUCCAGAGAUAUACCUGGCUUACCGUAACUUCAUGAUCGACACAUAUCGCCUGAACCCUCAGGAGUACCUCACCUCCACCUCCUGUCGCAGGAACUUGACUGGGGAUGUCUGCGCCAUCAUGAGAGUUCACGCGUUCUUGGAGCAGUGGGGUUUGGUGAACUACCAGGUGGACUCUGAGAGCCGCCCAUUACCCAUGGGACCUCCACCCACUCCUCACUUCACCGUGCUGGCGGACACACCAUCUGGUCUCAUGCCCCUGAACCACAGACCCCCACCGAUUCCUCCUCAGCAGCCGAUGCCCAACUUUGCAGACAAAGGCAAAGACAAGGCCAUCGACCUGCAGAACUUUGGCCUUCGCACCGACCUCUACAACAAGAAAAAUCUGAAGGGUAAAACAGGUAACUCCACCAGGGAUUGGACGGAGCAGGAGACUCUACUGCUGCUGGAGGCCCUGGAGAUGUUCAAAGACGACUGGAACAAAGUGUCUGAGCACAUCGGUUCACGCACCCAGGACGAGUGUAUCCUGCACUUCCUGCGGCUGCCCAUUGAGGACCCAUACAUAGAGAGCACUGAGGCGGCCCUGGGCCCUCUGGCCUACCAGCCCAUACCCUUCAGCCAGUCUGGAAACCCAGUCAUGAGCACUGUCGCCUUCCUGGCCUCUGUGGUUGACCCCAGGGUGGCAUCUGCUGCCGCCAGAGCAGCUCUAGAGGAGUUCUCCCGAGUACGUGAGGAGGUGCCAGCUGAGUUGGUGGAGGCUCACGUGAAGAAGGUGCAGGAGGCGGCCAGGAGCACAGGGAAGGUGGACCCCGCCUUCGGCCUGGAGAGCAGUGGCAUUGCAGGCACCGCCCCAGAGGAACCAGAAAAGACAGAAACCAGUGAGACAGAGAAGUUGGAGACGGACUCAGACUCCCAGCAGGCCGAUAAGGCGGAGUUGAAGGACGAGGCGGAGAAGCCCAGUGAGUCUGCAGAGAAGAGCGACAAGAUGGAGUCCACAGACAAGGUGAAGAAGGAAGGGGCGGAGGCGUCGGAGCGCGAGGAGGAGAGUGAAGACGGAGGGGAGUCUAAGACGUCUUCAGCAGACAAAGACAAGGAGGAAGCGAUGGAGACGUCGUCCUCGGAGCAGGAGAAGGAGAAAGAGGAGAAGGCAGCUACAGAGGAGGGAGAUGACAAGAGGAAGAAACUGGAGCAUGACAUUGGAGAAGGAAACAUCGCUACUGCGGCAGCUGCUGCGCUGGCGUCUGCCGCCACCAAGGCCAAGCACCUGGCGGCGGUGGAGGAGAGGAAGAUCAAGUCGUUGGUGGCUCUGCUGGUGGAGACCCAGAUGAAGAAGUUGGAGAUCAAGCUGCGACACUUCGAGGAGCUGGAGACGAUCAUGGACCGAGAGAAAGAGGCUUUGGAGCUUCAGCGGCAGCAGCUGCUGACCGAGCGCCAGGCGUUCCACAUGGAGCAGCUCAAAUACGCCGAGAUGAAGGCAAGGCAGCAGAUGGAGCAGCAAGCCGCUGCUGCUGCCGCCGCCGCUGCAGCCGCUGCCCAGGCUCAAGGACAGGGACAGGCUCCUGGAUCUGGACCCCACUCUGGGCCCCCUCCAUCAGGCAUGCACCCUGGAGGGCCCCCACCACAUCACGGAGCACCACUGCCCCACCAUGGAGGGCCUCCACCCGGUGCCGCCAUGCAUCCCGGAUACCCCCCCAUGGGUCACCACCCCAUGGCCCCCCACCACCCAGGACAGACAGGACCGAUGGGACCGGGUCAGCCGAUGCCGGGACGGAUGAUGGCUGGGCCGCCCUCCGCUGGCCCCCCUCCUGGCGGCAUGCCUCCCAUGAUGCCCCCACGCCACCCUGGAGCUCCUAACGGCAUGUACCCCGGACCGCCACCUGCACAGCCCGACGCUGUACCUCCUGUUCCUGUUGGUCCUCCAGUGCCGGCGAGUGGACGAGGGGCCGACAACUGAAACACACACACACACACACACACACACGCUAAACUAAUUCUGUCUCUCUGACGGCCUCCGCUCCAUUUGUUUCCUUCAUCAUCAUCUUCAUCACACACAAACACACACUCAGGGGUAACCCAGUACACACAUGCAGACUUCCUCUCAGGGCGCAGCGGCAACGGUCGUCACAGUGACUGAGGUCAUGUAGUAAUAAACACUGUCUGGUCACACAGAAGCUGAGGAGAAAACGACUGGACUCAAACAACAGAAACUCUGUCUCAUUUUUUUCCUCUUUCCAAUGACACUGUAAGCCCCGCCCCCACGCCAACUCUCCAUAACACACACACACACACACACACACACACACACAGGUGAUGAUGUGAGCCCCGCCCCUCUUCUGUCUUGUCGAGUAUCUACCUCUCGCUCCUCUUAAAAUGAUACACUGUACUCUGUGUGUGUGUGUGUGUGUGUGUGUGUGUGUGUGUGUGUGUGUGUGUGUGUGUGUGUGAUGGCGUUCACUCGUCUGCCUCUGAUGUCAUCUUUGGUCAGGUGCAGACAGGUGGUAGAAGGUGGGUCGAUGUUAACACAGAUGGAAGGAUCUGAUUGGCUCUCGACUGUCAGCUGCGUCGUUUCCUGCUGAAGAUUCAAAUCUUUAAAAAAAAGUGUCAGAAAUACAGAGUUCGAUUUUUCCUCAACAGCUGUCAACUUUGUUUGUCGAGGGUCUUUUUUAUUAAUCAGCUUAAUCAACACACACACACACACACACACAAACUCUCACACUCAGACAUGUAGACUAAGCUGAGGCUCACACUGGAGGCUGCGCACGCACACACACACACACACACACACACACACACACAGACCCCCCACGAAACACUGGACACACACACACACACACACACACACACACACACAGGUAUAAUCUCCUGCUGACCUUCACACACCUGAAACGUGACCACAUGAGUGACGCUCUUUGCUCUUCGUUGGCGCCGUGGGCUUCUAGAUGUUUUUAGGUGCUGAUACCGUAGCGACUAACCCCUCCCUCUUCUCACCUAGUGCUGCCUACCUCGCUAACCCCGCCUCUCGUACACACACCGCCACGGGAAAACUAAGCAAUAUCCUCAUUCCUGUGUUUCAGCAACGAGAAGCAGUUGUGACUCAGCGUUUAGUCUUAGAGUUCCACGUCUGGUGAUGUAGUGGAAAAAACUGGAGCUUAAAGUGGACAGCGAACGCACUGUGCUGGUCGUCUACGAUACGAAGAGAAACUUAACGAGACGUUUACAGAUGUCACGGUGAUCUUCAAGAGUCUGUAAGAAGCACAUGUCACUGAAACAAUGAUCCGAAUUCUGAUUGGUCAGAGGAUUCAUCAGCUGAUUUUCAGAUAAUGAAACAGAUUUUUGUUGAACAAAUUAAAAGUUCAUUCUUAAAAUCUAAGUUUGUUUCCAUCAAUGUGACAUGUAUUAUAAAUUUCCCCUUAAGUUAAAGAUGCAUGUCGGCAGCAACGUUCAGUCGACACAGGUUAAUGAUUACGUGGUCGUAACGUGAAACUCCUCCUCUUCCUCCUUCGCUAGCACUGUUAGUAUCUCUGCUACCUCUUCCUGUUUCACCUGCUCACCUGUUCACCUGCUCACCUGUUAGCUACCUCCUCUUCUAGAACUCUUCCUCCUUCUCUCUGCUACCUCUCUGCUCACCCCUUCACUACCUCUCCUUCACAUUUCCUCUUUUUGUUCCCGCCCACGUGACUGCGACAUCACUGACUGUUGUCAUUCACGGCGCCCUCCCUCCACCCAUCAGGAUGGGCGCCGCCCCCCCACCCCCACAUAUUUACCAUCUUUAAUGAUACGUUUUGUGUUCAUGUAUUUUUAAGAACGAGUUUUGUGUAGAUGGAAGUUUGUAGCAUCUGUUUUCAUUUUGUAUUUGGUCUGUUGGUACCUGGACCUGGACACUGUCGAAUAAAAUGUUUUAUAUGAA